GUUGGCUAAACGGAAACGAACGUAAGGUACACGUGCGUCGUGAUUCACCCUUCUUUCUGAGUUCCCGCUCGAUAUUAAUUUGUGCAAACCGCUUUUUAUCAGUAAUAAGUAUAAAUUUUGCAAUAAAUAAAAGGGAUCCAUACUUUUAAAAAAAGAUUCAGUGUUUCUUACAACAACCUAAAAACAAAUAACGGAUACUUCAGAGGGACGCGAAAUGGUGAACGAGGAGACUUCGGAAGUAGCUAAAAAACCUCCACCAAUUUUCAAGGAUCCAACAUUUCAACAGCGUUUUCGACCAACAAACAGUUCUGGAAAGAAAAGAAUCUGGCGUUCACUAAAGCAAGUUCUUGCACAAGAACGAGCUCUUCCAUGGCCCACUGAUGUUGUCCACUACAGUUCAAUCAAUGCACCGCCAAGUUUCAAACCUGCAAAGAAAUAUUCUGAUAUUUCGGGUUUAUCAGCCCGAUACACUGAUCCACAAACUAAAUUAUAUUAUGCAACAACGGAAGAAUUUAUGACUGUACGUAGUUUACCUAUGGACAUUACUGCUGGUUACUUAGCACUUCGAGGUGCAUCUAGUAUUGUUGGUUAGAAUAAGAAUUUUGUACAAGAGAAUAAAAUAAAAUGAAAUAAGAUAAUAAAAGAAUACUUUAAAU